CCACAGGAUCAACAUGCUUCUGUCGCGUACUCCUCCGCCCCGCUUUCUAACUGAAAUAAUAAACCCUCGAUUAUGGUUAAAACAAGGUGUUGUGCCCGGUAUGAUGUGAAAAAAACGGCCCUGUUGCAGUGGAAUGGAAACUCCUGACUUCGGGUCUGUUCGGAAUACAUAAAGGCAAGCGGCGAAAGAGCUUUCAAUCAGGGCUCAGCCUUGAAUUAAUCACUCACUGUUUAAUGGAUCUUGGAGGCUUGUGCUUGUCGCAGUGAGGAGCUGCAGCCCCUGUAUUCUGAGACCAAAAGAAUCCCUGGAUUUUUCAUCUGAAAUCUGCUACCUUUUUAAAAUUGUCUUGGGGUCCAUGGUGACAUAGGGUACCAGUUUUGGAAAGGCUAGAGGGCUUCUGCUCCGCUGUUAAGCAGGAGGGACGAGAGGAAGGAUCCAGGAAUACAUAUGCUGCUGUAGGAUUCCAGAGAUGCUUGAACUCAUCAGAGACUUGAAGUUAGACUGCAGAGGAUGUUCCUCUGAGCUCAUGAAUGACAUACUAAGAGAAAGACAGAGGAGGAAACAAUAAAAUGAGACCAAUCAACGAUGUUAGCCCCUGGGGAAAUAAGCACAAGCCAGUCUGAAGUGAUGAAGUACUGAUUUGGAGAACUGUCUCCAUAAGUUCACAGCAGGAAAAAUUCUUAGAAUGAAACCUUGUGUUGAUGCACAUGCCCAAUAUCUUUUUUGGAAAGGGCUGGUACAUUAGAACAGAGCCAUCCUUCGUUGGACAGGAGUCCAAUAUAUUGAUUGUUGCCUGCAUCGAGGAGAACAUUUAAACUUCUAUCUCAGUUGCAAAAACACUCAGUUCCACUUUAUUGAAACCACACUGGUAUUCACAUCUUACAGCUUUCAGCCCUGCUCAUGACAUUAAGAGACGCACCAAUGACCUGCAGAGGAGGCAUGGUGAUGAGUGCCUUUUUUUGGUCUGUGGCCAUUAUGUGUUUGACCCACACAGGCAGAGUAAAUGGAGACUGCUGGUUGAUCGAGGGUGAGAAGGGCUUUGUGUGGCUCGCUAUUUGCAGCCAAAACCAGCCACCUUACGAGGCCAUCCCUCAGCAUAUAAACAGCACCAUCGUGGACCUUCGUUUGAAUGAAAACAAGAUCAAAAGUAUUCAUUAUUCUGCGCUCAGCCGCUUUGCCAAUUUGACCUACCUUAACCUGACCAAGAACGAAAUAAACUAUAUCGAGGAUGGGGCCUUUGCUGCCCAGUACAACUUACAGGUUCUUCAGUUAGGCUUCAACAAGCUCCGUAACCUGACAGAGGGGAUCCUCAGGGGCUUGGGGAAGCUGCAGUACCUAUACCUCCAGGCCAACCUGAUUGAGACUGUGACACCCAAUGCCUUCUGGGAAUGCCCCAACAUUGAAAAUAUAGACCUUUCUAUGAACCGCAUUCAGCAGCUAGAUGGGUCCACUUUUACCACCUUAACUAAACUGACCACCUGUGAGCUCUACACGAACCCAUUCAACUGCUCCUGUGAAUUACUCGGAUUUGUGAAGUGGCUCUCAGUUUUCCCCAACAGGACCAAUGAAAGGAUGGUCUGUGACUCUCCGCCAGGCGUCUCGGGCUAUAGCCUGCUGAGCCAGAAUCCAAACAACCCAACCUACCGAAAUGCCCUUCACAUGCUCUCCACUGUGUGUACAGAAGACUAUGUGAUGACGUCGUUCCCUGUGCCCCCUGAACCCAUCACCCGCUUUCCAGACUCUACCUCCUGUGGAAUGGAGGGCUGCUAUUCAGGGACAGAGCCAGAUGAGGUCCGAACCAGUCCUACAUCAAUCGAGGUGGAGGUGCAGCCCGAAAUGAAAGUGAAGCAAGUAUCACACACCGGUGCAACCAUCACUGUUAAGAUUCCUCAUCCCUACAAGAAGAUGUACAUCCUAGUUCUAUACAAUAACAGCUUUUUUACUAAUAUCCAAAACCUGAAAAGUCACGAGGAGGACAUUGAACUAAAGAACCUAAAACCCCACACUGAAUACACAUACUGUGUCGCUUCCAUCCGUCAUGCUCUGCGAUUUAAUCAUACUUGUCUGAAAAUAACAACGGGGCCUUGGACUGGGAAGGAUAGAGGGACAAACAACGCAACAGCGACCCACUACAUCAUGACCAUCUUGGGGUGUCUCUUUAGCAUGGUCAUUGUUCUAGGAGUGGUCUAUUAUUGCUUGCGGAAAAAGCGUCAACAAGAUGAAAAGCACAAAAAAGGGGGAAGCCUCAAGAAAAAUAUAAUUGAACUGAAAUAUGGACAAGAGCUAGAAGGAGGGACAAUCUCUAGAAUGUCACAGAAGCAGAUGAUGGCUGGGGAGAGCAUGUCUCGCAUGCCAUACUUGCCGUCUGUUAGUGAGAUGGAGCAGUACAAAUUUCAAGAGAUCAGUGACACACCUAAAAUGGCCAAGGGUAACUACAUGGAUGUUCGAACCGGAGAACACCUUGAACGCAGGGAAUGCGAUAUGUCCAUGCCAGGGAACAGCCAAGGGUCCGUAGCAGAGAUUUCCACCAUUGCAAAAGAGGUCGAUAAAGUAAAUCAGAUCAUAAACAAUUGUAUAGAUGCUCUCAAGUCAGAAUCCACAUCUUUUCAGGGCGUGAAAUCUGGAUCCGUGUCAACUGCAGAGCCCCAACUCGUUCUGAUAUCAGAGCAGCCUCAGAGCAAGUCUAGCUUCCUAUCCCCAAUGUAUAAGGACAGCUAUCACCACUCUCUGCAGAGGCACCACACCUCCGACAUCUCGCCAAAGCGACCCAGCACUGCCACCGGAGGCCCCAUGCACAGCCCCAGGCCUUACCGCCAUGAGUCUAAGUACAUAGAGAAGACCACACCGACGGGUGAGACGAUCCUCACUGUUACGCCAGCUGCUGCCAUUCUGAGGGCUGAGGCAGAGAAGAUCCGCCAGUACAGUGAGCACCGGCACUCGUAUCCUGACGCCCAGAUCGAGGAGUUGGAGGGGCCUGAGAGCCGCAAGACCUCUAUUCUGGAGCCCCUCACUCGGCCCCGUCCCAGAGACUUAGCAUACUCUCAGCUUUCACCCCAAUACCACAACCUGAGCUACUCCUCCAGUCCUGAAUACUACUGCAAACCGUCUCACAGCAUCUGGGAGCGCUUCAAACUUCACCGUAAGCGGCACAAAGAUGAGGAAUACAUGGCAGCCGGGCACGCGUUGCGUAAAAAAGUGCAGUUUGCCAAGGACGAGGACCUGCAUGAUAUCCUAGAUUACUGGAAAGGUGUAUCGGCUCAGCAUAAAUCUUAAUUCCUUCAAGUGUUUUCUACAGGACCACAAGUUGUGUAAAUGACACAGAAACCUUAUGUAUGAAAAGACAAUUUAAUGGAUGGAUACUUUAAUUUUGCGAUUAACAACUUAUACUUAUGUAUCGCAGCAUAUUUUGAUUGUGGGGAAAGUGGGGAAAAGAAACUGGAAAAGUAUCUUAGAUUUGUGACAUUAUAAGAAAUUUGUGGGAAAUAAACUUUAUUCUACUGUUACAUGAAUACAAAUAUUGCAAAUUAAGAAUAUAUAUAUAUAUAUGUUGCAAUGGAUUAUAGGUAUUUGGGUAUCGCAUGGCCAAGUCCUGUGACAGUGGAUUUGCUGUUGUGUACUUUGAGAAAAAUACUGUAUCAAACAUCGAAAAACAUGUCUACUGAAACCUCAAUAUUUUUCUUGAAGAACUAAUGAACAAUCAUACAAAAGACAACCCUUUUCUUCCCUACAUAUAUUUAAUUCUACACAGGAACUAUGUACAGAUACAGUUUCUAUAUUUGCAAUGAUUGCUGUGAAAAAAGAUGGAAGUCUUGGAAGUGAUUGAAUCAGGUUUAGCCCAUGGAUAUAAGAGACAGCCAAUGUGUUUGCUCUUUAUUGAACGCUAAGUUUAGAUAAAUAAUGACUUUGGUCAUAGAGCUGGUAAAACCUUGCAAUCGUUUUCGUCCUAUAUCUAGAGUGCAAUUUUACUAUUUAUUUUGUUUUAAGAGGCCACAAAACCAACUGCACAAUAUUCAAGAGCUGGAAUUUUCUAAAUUUAGUAUACAUUGUGAGACAAUUCACUGUAGUAAUCUGCUGCUGAUGCUCUGCAUUAGGCAAAGACUUCAAGAGCCAUCAGUUGUAUUGUUAGAACCAAAGUAGAAAAAGAUGGAAUGUUUACAUAUACUUUCUGCAUGGUCUAAGAUCUCUGAACAUAGUAAAUCAGGUUCCAUAUGCAUUUUAUUUGAAUUGGAUUAUUAUCAAAGAGCUGAAAAAUUGUCAGUGUUGGUAUUGUUGAUAUUGUAAUUAAACUUAACCACAGACUGCAACUUUAUAUUUUUCCACCUGUUGUUUAGGCAGAGUGCUGAAAGAGCAGUUCAAGCCCUCAUAAGUAUUUAUCUUAUACCCCGAUGGAUGAAUGUAAAACAUACAUAGUGAAACCUGUAUAUGGCAGCUUUUUACUUUGAAUUUCAAGGAAAGUUUUGUUUUUGCUCUUUACAACAUUUCCUCCCUUAUGUUCCUUUGCCUCUACUUGCUUUAUCAAGGAGUAUUUCCCAUAUUGUAUGAUACUGUUUUGUCUACAAGUCUAAGCCAAUAAAGUAAAAAAACAGUAGUAGUUUGUUUUCAAGGUGGGUCUCGCUAAAUAAUUAAUUUACUUUAAUGUUUGGCUGUUUGACACUUUUGUAAAUUAUCAAAACCACCUCCAGAUGCCAGAGUCGAAUAUUUACUAAUGUUCAAUUCCAUUCUUGAUCUUAAAUAUUGGUACUGGGUUUGUAUAUUAUCAAUACAAUAUUUGAGUGAAUAUAAGAGGUAACUUGGUUGUCUGACUUAAUAUUUCAACCGCCUUAAACUUCUGGGAUAUGUGUACAACUGUAAUUUUUGUUUUUCUUUGUUUUCAGUGUUGAUAUUGUUGACCUCAUUUGUUGUCAUAUUUUAUAAAUGCAUUUCAAUAGAUUUCAAGAGCCGUCAGAUUUAUAGGUAAUUUAGCAACUAAGCUAUAUGUUUUUAUACUGCAUAUUGUAGCACUUCUGUGUCUCAUUAAAGUUAGAAAUGUUGGGAAACCUGUGAAAGACAGUGAAGAGCUGUUAAAGUACAUCAGAAUCAAACAAGAGCACAAUAGUGUUUUUUUAUUUCUUAAUACUAUGUUAUCUGCUUUCUGACAAAGUACUGUGAAAUAAAGUUAAGGGUGCACCCAUACCCUCAAUAUCUCC